ACACGGAAUUACAACAUGGCGUCUCGUGGGUUGCCUUCAGUGUUAUUCAUUGCUGGUACAACUGCAGUUGGUAAAACUGACCUCUCCAUUCAGCUAGCUAAACUACUUGGGGGAGAAAUAGUGUCUGCAGACUCAGUUCAGGUAUAUAAGUGUAUGGACAUUGGGUCGGCUAAGAUAGAUAAGAGCAUUAGAGAUGAGGUUAGGCAUCACAUGAUUGAUGUAGUUGAUGUCAGGACUCCAUUCAAUGUCGCUGAUUUCUGCCAACUUGCCAACGAAGCAAUGAUUGAUAUUAUCAAAAGAGGAAAAGUCCCUAUUGUAGUCGGAGGGACCAGUUUCUAUUUCAAUUUCUUAAUGGGUGGGGAAACCGGAGCUCCACCCUCUACCGAGUCCUCUCGUGCCUACAUUGAUGAGCUCCUAGCAGAGGAUGGAGGAGACUGGGAUAAAAGUUUCUCUCGUCUGCAGUCUCUUGAUCCUACAUAUGCAGCCGUGGUUCAAUGUAAUGACUGGUACAGGUUGAAGAGAGGGCUGGAUAUAUGCAUACAGUCUGGAAGGACAGUGACAUCCUUUAAAGUAGACAAGCAUGAUGUUAAACUUCCUUAUUCGUAUCAUUGCUUAUUUUUAACAAUGCCUCGUGUUCAACUGUAUAGGCGUAUUGAUGAAAGAUGUGAGAUAAUGACAAAGAAUGGGCUACUAAAAGAAGUAAUUGAUCUUGUAAGGAAUCAUGGAUUAGUGGCUGAGAGUCCUCCAGGGAAGAGUAUAGGCUAUUGUGAAACACUCAAGUAUUUAUCGGAAUCUUGGGGCUUUCCUCAUUCACCAUGUGACGAUCAUGCAACUGACAGAAACACCAUUAGGAAAGAGUUUUUAGAGUUUAUUUCUGACUACCAGGCUAGCACUAGACAGUUGGCCUGUAAGCAGAUGGUUUGGUUUAAAAGGGAGGAUAGUUUUCACUGGCUAAACAUGUCCUCCGGUGGAGAGGGGAGACUCUCUGUGGAACUUGUUGCAGAAAGAGUUAAAGAUUGGUUUUUGACUGGCAGGCCUCUUCCUCCAGAAUGGGAUGGAUCCUCAUUGAAGAAACUAACGAGAGUGCAAGAAAAAGAACUUAUGCUGUACUUGUCUGUCAGAACGAUAUAUUCUAGUGACGACGAUAUUGACAAGACGAUUUUAGAAGUAACCGAUUGUUUAAAUUAUAAAUAACAUACAUGCGCUAAAGAACAUACACAAAUACAUAAAAUGGAACAAUUUCUUAUGAUUUUAAGUCUGUGAUUUUUGUGUGUCUAUUUUUUACAUUAUUGAA